AUGGAGCACAUCAAUAUUGUCACAGGACACGAGAUCGCGGUGGACUCCAGAAGCGACGAGGUAUUUCUAGUUGUGGAAUAUGUGCCAAACGAAAUUAACAGCUUAAUGCACACAAUGCGUAACAACAGGGUAACGUUUGGCCCAGAACACGUAAAGUGCCUACUGGUCCAAUUGCUGACCGCCGUUCAAUAUCUACACCAUAGCAGUGUAUUUCACCGUGAUCUCAAACCAUCCAACAUUCUAAUUACCGAAGAUGGUAUACUGAAGGUGGCAGAUUUUGAGUGGGCCCGAGAUUAUGAUAUGGGGAUAUCAAAUCAGCAAUAUACGCCGGUUGGGUUAACGCGCUGGUACCGUGCGCCCGAGCAGCUAAUACGCAGCAAAACAUACGGCACUCCAAUAGACAUGUGGAGUGUCGGGUGCAUAUACACUGAGCCGAUGAAUUUGCAGCCGCUGUUUCCUGGGACAUCUGAAAUUAAUCAGCUAAAAAUAAUGUACGAGGUUUUGGGGACACCUUCAGACACGGUUUGGCCCGGCUAUAGCGCAUUGCCUUUAGUUAGCGAAAUAAUAUUUGACGAGUAUCCAUCGGGCGGGUUGCGCAAGCAGAUAAACCAGGACCUACUCUCGGAUAAUGGGUUUGCUUUGCUGGUUGAAUUGUUGACGUAUGAUCCGUCAAAACGGGUGACAGCAACUGAAGCAUUGCUGCACCCAUACUUUAACGAGGAGCCGGCGGCAAUCGAGCCAGCCAUGUUCAUGUCUUCGCUGUGGUUAGAGGAUUCCGGCUCUGACGCGGAAGACCACGAGCAGUACUGCGGUUCUGACACCGAAGACCACGGGAAGUACUAUGGCUCUGACACGGAAGACCACGGGAAGUACUAUGGCUCUGACACGGAAGACCACGGGAAGUACUAUGGCUCUGACACGUGGUACGACGAGAGUUACUACAGCACUGACUCGGAAGAGGAUCUCACCUCUGACGCAAAUUCUUCCGUUGGCAGCAUUCUGGACACCGAUGACGACACGACGGAAUAA